AUGAUUUUAACUCUAUUGAUCGGUUUGGGCUACUCAUAUAAUGUUGAAAAUGCAUUUGAUGAUUGCGCUACUACAAAAACUUAUCACUAUGUCAGCGAAGAUCCAUCAAAAUACAUUCAAAAUUUAACAUUUAAACACGAAUUUGAAAAUAAUCAGGAUUUUAUAUGCGUUGAAGGAAAUGUUGUUCUUUUUGCAUUGAACCCUGUUAAAGCUGAUGUCAAAUAUGCAUAUUACGAAACAAAUAAUAAUGAAAAAGUCGAAAAGUUCACAGAUGCAGACUCUACAAAGGAAAAUGUAUAUGUUAUUAAAGGAGAUAAUAAAUACACACCAAUUGCAAAAUUAUACAAAGGAUCAAAUUCGCAAUUAGUAUUAACAAAUAUCCCAGCUUCAUACAAGGUAGAAGAAUCAAACAUUGAAGUGAGUACUAUAUUUACGACAUUAACUUCUUUCAAUGUAAAUUUCAAAUACUCAAAAACAGCAACAUCAGAAAAAUCACUGUAUUUAGCGGUUUGUACUGCUGAAUCUGUUGAAAGAAAAGUCACAAGAAACAAUAAAAAAGCAUUGGCAUAUUCUUACUAUUUAGAUAUGGAAACAGAAGAUUAUCAACCAGCUGGAUUCAAUAUUGCUAUUAAAACAGCCGCAGCUCCAUCAAAUAACGAUGUUGAAACAACAUUUAACUUUCAGUUUAAAUUAGACAGUAUAUCAUUUACUUUUCCUUGGCUGAAAGCUAUUCUCCCUGAAGCAUUAUUUGCAGUUCCAUAUAAUAAAGGGUCAUAUACCAAAGAUGAAAUUAACGCUUUUAACUCAACAGUGAAUAUACUUGAGCCUGGAUCUUCAUUUAGCGGCAACACAGGUUCAGUUGAAGAGAUGAACUGUUCAAGCUAUGACACAAUAUAUUCUAAAACCAUUAAUAAAUAUUCAUUGGUACCAGAAGCAGCAAAUCACUAUUUUACAAUACCAAAGUCCGGACACCAGUGCCUUGUAGGCAAUUUCGUUUUCGCAUCAGAUGGCGAAUUUUAUGCAAUUAUUCAUAAUAACUCCGCAAUAACAAAAGAUGUCAUCUUUAAUCAACCAUUUUACAUUACUGAUUUCAAUGGAGAUCCAGCAAUAGAGCUUAAGUGCAAGAGUGACAAAUGCAAUAUUCAGGCAAUUCCAGUUAUCCCUCCCCAUGAUGAUAAUGAAAAGAAGAAUUACAUACGUUCACUUUUCACAACAAGAUCGUCUAUUGAAAUAAGUUCUCCAAUGAAAAUUCUUAAAGAUGAAAAUCGCGGGUUUGGUUUGACAGUAUAUGGUUCAAAGGCAAGAAAAGUUGAAUAUUCAUCAAGUAAAGAUCCCCAAAAAGUUCUCCAUGAAAAUUCUCAAACCAAAGAUGGAAAAGUUCAUGAAUAUAUGCCAACAGUUAAAGUUGAAGGAGAUGGUGAUAUAUCAAUUGAUACAACCAUCACAGCAAAAAUCAGUGAAGAUAAAUCAGCAACUGAAGAACAAAUAAGUCUCUUUAAAGAAGAUAUUUUUGUCGAAUUGCCAAUAUAUGGAGGUGUUGGUAACAGGGAAACAGUUGAUGAUUACACAAAGAAUUCGGAUGUUGUCAAUUCAAACAAUAAAUUAGGAGCAGGAGCAAUCGUUGGCAUAGUUAUUGGUGUCCUUGCAUUUAUUGCAAUUGUCAUCUUUUUGGUUUGGUUCUUUGUUUUCCGAAACAAAUCAGGUAACCAAGAUUCUGGUUCAGGUGAAAAAGCUUAA